UUUUUAUAAUAUAAUAUUAUUGUUUACGUGAUCUUGGCGUUCGUGUUUUUGAAUUAAAAUAUUCCUAAAAGUUAAAUAAAAAAUGAAGACAAGUUCGGUUCAAUUUGAUUUGAUGGUGACGUUUAUGGAGCGACAUGGUGACUUAAGCAAACCAUCCACCAAUACAAGAAGUAGGAUUUCAACUUUGAGCCUUUGGGAGGAUCUGACUGUGAUUUUAAAUAGCGAGGGCAGUGGAGAUACUAAAAGUUGUGAAAAAUGGAAGAAGGCUUGGAGCGAUUUCAAAAAUAAUACCAAAAAAAAGGCUGCCCGUGUGCAUAGAGCAUCAAUUGGAACUGGUCCUGCUGUAUAUGCCAAAUUGACAGAUUUAGAACUGAGAGUUCUUAAAAUGUUGGGAGUUCGAGUAGCGAAGGGUUUGCAAGUAGAAAAGGCUGGACUAUCACAGGUGACUGAUAAACAGCCAAAUGUGAGUGUGGGAAAUGACACUAGCCAAGUUACUCCACAACCAAGACAGUCUGUUGAAUUGUCUCAAGACGAUGAGCCAGCAUCACCUCGAAGUGAAUCUCCAGAGCCAACGCAAGGGUCGAGGGCUUCUUCUCCGCUUAUUAUAAUUAUAAAGGAGGAACAUCUACAAUCUCAACCUGAACCAACAGAACCUGAAACAAAAGCUGAAACUGGUCUUCCAUUUCCACAUGAAGAAACACAGUUUGAAGAAACGGGCUCCCAUUCUACCCACUCUCAUGUUCAUGGAGUUCGGCCACAUAGAGAAGAAACACGGUCACAAAUACCUCGUCGAGCAAGAUUGACCUACCCUCGAGGACUUCGAAGACACAGACUAACACAUAUGAACCGGACAACACACCGAUUACUCCAGACAGAGGAAUUUUGGAGGAAAUUCAAGAUAUUAGAACAUAAAGAUGACAUGAACUUGCAAAGGGAACGGAAUAGAAUAAGGGAAAUGGAGGUUCAGGUUCAAGCGCAGUGGCAAGCUUUGGGGGCAAGGGCUUUGGAUAUACUAGAUAAGUUAGUGGAUAAAUAUUGUAAGGGUUAAUUUUAAUUAAGUUUACGGUUUAAGAUAUUUAUUAACCGACUUCAAAAAAAGGAGGAGGUUAUCAAUUCGGUUGGUAUGUUU